AUGGCCCGCGCUGCAGGGCUGCUCGCCGUCCUGGUCGCGCUUCUUGCCGCUGCUGCUGCUGCUGCAGGCGGGGACGCCCCGCCCGGCAAAAUCGCUGUGAUAGGAGCUGGAAUCGGGGGCUCUGCCGUGGCCCAUUUCCUCCAGCAGCACUUUGGACCCCGAGUGCAGAUCGAUGUGUAUGAACAGGGCACCGUGGGCGGCCGCCUGGCCACCAUCUCCGUCAACAAGCAGCACUACGAGAGCGGGGCCGCCUCCUUCCACUCUCUGAGCCUGCACAUGCAGGACUUUGUCAAGCUGCUGGGACUGAGGCACCGGCGCGAGGUGGUGGGCAGGAGCGCCAUCUUUGGCGGGGAGCAUUUCGUGCUGGAGGAGACCGACUGGUAUCUGCUGAACCUCUUCCGCCUCUGGUGGCACUACGGCAUCAGCUUCCUGAGGCUGCAGAUGUGGGUGGAGGAGGUCAUGGAGAAGUUCAUGAGGAUCUAUAAGUACCAGGCCCACGGCUACGCCUUCUCAGGUGUGGAGGAGCUGCUCUACUCUCUGGGGGAGUCCGCCUUCGUCAAUAUGACCCAGCGGUCCGUGGCUGAGUCCCUGCUCCAGGUGGGCGUCACACAGCGCUUCAUCGAUGACGUGGUCUCUGCCGUCCUAAGGGCCAGCUAUGGCCAGUCGGCGGCAAUGCCUGCUUUUGCUGGAGCCAUGUCACUGGCUGGGGCUCAAGGCAGCCUGUGGUCUGUAGAAGGAGGCAACAAGCUGGUUUGUUCUGGUUUGCUGAGGCUCACCAAGGCCAACGUGAUCCAUGCCACCGUGACCUCUGUGAUCCUGCAUAGUACAGAAGGGAAAGCUCUGUACCAGGUCGGAUAUGAGAAUGAGGGGGGCCAUGGCUCUGACUUCUAUGACAUAGUGAUCAUUGCCAGCCCCCUGCACCUGGACAACAGCAGCCGUAAUCUCACCUUCGAAGGUUUCAGCCCACCCAUCGAUGAUAUCCAAGGCACUUUUCAGCCCACCGUUGUCUCCUUGGUCCACGGAUACCUCAACUCUUCCUACUUCGGCUUCCCUGACCCUAAACUCUUCCCCUUUGCCAGCAUCCUUACUACUGAUUUCCCCAACUUCUUCUGUGCUCUGGACAACAUCUGUCCUGUCAACAUCUCAACCAACUUCAGGCGGAAACAGCCUCAGGAAGCAGCCGUCUGGAGAGUGCAGUCCCCUAAGCCCCUCAUUCGGACCCAGCUGAAGACCCUCUUCCGAUCCUAUUACUCAGUCCAGACUGCUGAAUGGCAGGCCCACCCGCUCUAUGGCUCCCGCAGCACCCUCCCAAGGUUCGCACUCCAUGACCAGCUCUUCUACCUCAAUGCCCUGGAGUGGGCAGCCAGCUCCGUAGAGAUAAUGGCUGUUGCUGCCAAGAAUGUGGCCCUGCUGGCGUACAACCGCUGGUACCAGGACCUAGACAAGAUUGACCAAAAAGAUUUGAUGCACAAGGUGAAGACAGAGCUGUGA